AUGUUGUAUGUUUUGGGGCCAUCAAGUGAAAGUUGGUUUGAUGACAUUAGUAAAGAAAAAAUAGAUAAGAAAGAUAAUGUAUCAAAUAAACUGUAUGGUAAAGUUACUAUAGAAACUGAUGGUUUUCCCCGUGUAUUGUUUUCCCCAGGACCUACUCAUAUAGAUAAUGAUGAACUUGGAUUUCAUUUAAAUUCCACUGUUGAAGAAGACAGAACAUUAUUGAGGUCAUCUCAACCAUGCGUUUCCAUUAAUAGUAAUCAUGAUGUCAAGAGAGCAUCUCAAGAAACAAUUAGAGAAUUUUCUCAAGAAACAAUUAGAGAAUUUUCUCAAGAAAAACAAAAAAGUAAAACCUCUCCCCCAACUACCGGUGGGCACCCCGAUGAACUCUUUUCACAAAUUUCACCUUCUAGUCUUCACGCUAUGUGUGUAUCACCCAAAGAUUCCACAAAUGAAGCUUCAUGCAUUAAUGUUGAGGAAUUAAAUGUUAAAAAGGAAGAUAUGUCUGUUGAAAAAUCUACUGUUGAUGAGAAAGAGUUCUCUAAAACUUCUGGUCCUAGUAUUUCUGAGUGUGAUUCAAAAAAUAACGAAUGUGGAGGCCAAAAAGAAAAGAUUUCGAAAUUCUCAAUUAAAUCAAAAGCACGACGGUUUCUUUAUCCUUCUUUAAAUCAAAUAACUAAAAGCUCACCACAAAAUGUUUACGGUUUUGAUACCAAAUCAAAAGGUGUCACAGAUGAGGUGAAAAUCAAGACAGAUAAAAACGACAGAAAAUUAGAAGAUAAAAAAGAAACUAUUCAGUCAUCACUCUUAAAGCCAUCUUCACUAGAAAUGAAAUUAGAAACAGUAAGCAGCACUGAUAUUGUGAAAUUUUCAGACAUUAAAGCUGCUGGCAAUGAGGUAUAG